AUGGAAGAUCCUGAUGGUAAGAGAAGCACCAUAGACAAACUGGGGGACGAGGGAUUGGUGGACAUAGCCUUUUGGGGCCACACUCGACCCGUGGGCCUGGUCUGAGCUCUGCAUCUGACCCAGGCAUAGAUCCUCGUGGGGGCCUGUGGAGGGAGCCACCCACUAACAACUGAGUCCCAAGGACACCAUAGAUUUGCUUCUUGCGAAACCGGUAUCACCUGUAGUCCGACUUGGCUCCCAAUCUUAGAAAAGAGUUCUGCAGCCCUGGCUGCACUAUCUACAGGCAGGGACCAUCUCUACUCUAGGCCCAUAGUUUCCCUGGAAAACCCAGAAGCCCAAAUUUUCGCUAAUGGAAUCGACCUUUGCCGCUCAGUACUAGGCUCUGUCCUGCCAAUGGCACCUCCUGGCUCUCAGCACUGUCUCAAUUUCUCCAUCUCGAUGAUGCCAUAUCCCAGAUUCGGACGGGGAACACAGGAAACCACUUCCCCCCCUUCCCAGGGUGUUGGGGCCUGGAUCCUGGAAGCUCUGGGCAGCGGGAGUGGCAGAGGAAGCGGCAGCGGCCUCUAG